AAAGCGCACGAUUAUUAUGUCUAAUCAGUAGUAUAUCUUAGCCCAUAUUUCUGUUUAUUGCGUGCGUGUAUAUGUUCUUCUGGUACGUAGAGUAGAGUACAAUCAUCCAUAGAUAAACCCUAAUUUACUUUCCGAAGCCAAAUUGAGGAAUAAAAAGAGAAGAGGUUACUCAAAUACCUGGUUAGGGCUUUGAUCCGUGCGUAUGGCAGUAGUUUUCUCGCAUCAAAGGAAGAUAUGGAAGGAAAACAACCCCGAGUGAGAUCAUUUUUUUCACUCCUGGCAAAGUCUCUCAAUGAAGCAUUGUUGGCACUUGGCACUGUCUUUACAGGAUUAUUGAGACAAACCUUUGUAUCUUUCAUAUAUGCAAUACUUUUGGACGUGAAUUAGUUGAUCGGGAAGUGAACUGGAUCUGAAUUCUGAAUGUUGCUGCAAUAGUCAUGGAUUCUUCUGUUGUUGUGGGUAGUGCAAUUUCGGAGCCUCGUAAUGAUAUGGAAUUUGAAUCUCAUGAAGCUGCGUAUAUAUUUUACAAAGAAUAUGCUAAGUCUGCAGGGUUUGGCACUGCUAAGUUGAGCAGUCGGCGAUCUAGGGCAUCGAAAGAAUUUAUCGAUGCCAAAUUUUCAUGUAUAAGAUAUGGUAAUAAGCAGCAAUCUGAUGAUGCAAUUAAUCCACGCCCUUCUCCUAAAAUUGGUUGUAAAGCAAGCAUGCAUGUGAAGAGAAGGCAGGAUGGUAAAUGGUAUGUGUAUAGCUUUGUGAAGGAACAUAAUCAUGAGCUGUUACCUGCUCAGGCUCAUUUUUUCCGGAGUCACAGGAGUUCUGAUCCACUAAGUAAUGAUGUUCGGAUGAGAAGGCGGAAGAACACAAAUGCAGUUUCUAAAUUAUUUACUGCUUAUCAAACUGUUGAUUGCUUAGAGAACUUCAUGAAACAUCAACAUGAUAAGGGACGAAGCUUGGCUUUAGAAGCAGGGCAUGCCCAGUUGCUUCUUGAACUCUUCAUGCACAUGCAAGAAGUGAAUCCAAAAUUCUUCUAUGCAGUUGAUUUGAAUGAAGAGCAUCGACUGAGAAAUGUGUUCUGGGUUGAUGCUAAAGGCUUGGAAGAUUUUGCUUACUUUGCUGAUGUUGUUUCUUUAGACACAACAUAUUUUGCAAGCAAGUAUAAAUUACCACUGGUACUUUUCAUUGGAGUAAACCAUCACAUUCAACCAACAUUGCUUGGUUGUGCAUUGAUUGCUGAUGAAACAAUAUAUACUUUUGCCUGGUUACUGCAAACAUGGUUAAUAGCAAUGGGGGAACGAGCUCCACAAGUGAUUCUUACUGACCAAAAUGAGGCUGUUAAAGCAGCUGUUGCUGCUUUUCUUCCAGGAACACGUCAUUGUUUUUGUUUGUGGCAUAUUUUGGAAAAGAUACCAAAACAACUAGAGUUUUUAGGCACAUGGCAUGACAGAUUUUUGGAAAAAUUUAACAAAUGUAUAUACAAAUCAUGGACAGAGGAGCAAUUUGAAAAGAGGUGGUGGAAGUUGGUUGACAGGUUUAAACUUAGGGAUGUUGAGUGGGUCCAAUCCUUGUAUAAUGACCGUACAUAUUGGGUGCCAACUUUUAUGAAAGAUAUUUCUUUUGCUGGCUUGUCUUCUAGUUCACGCUCAGAAAGUUUAAAUUCAUUGUUUGACAACUAUGUUCAUGUUGAUACUUCAUUGAGAGAAUUUAUAGAACAGUAUUGGGUGAUUCUUGAAGAUAGGCAUGAAGAGGAAGCCAAAGCAAAUUUUGAUGCUUGGCAUGAAACACCUGAAUUGAAGUCUCCUUCCCCUUUUGAAAAACAAAUGUUAUUAGUUUACACGCAUGAAAUUUUUAAAAAGUUCCAGGUUGAGGUAUUGGGUGCAGCUGCUUGCCAUCUUAAAAAAGAAAAUGAUGGUGUGACUACUACUUAUACCGUGAAAGACUUUGAAAAUAAUCAAAGCUAUGCAGUAGAAUGGAACACAUCAAGCUCAGAUAUAUGUUGUUCAUGUCACUUGUUUGAAUAUAAAGGUUAUCUUUGUAGACAUGCUAUUGUUGUUCUACAAAUGUCUGGUGUAUUCAGCAUUCCACCAAAGUAUAUAUUGCAAAGAUGGACAAAUGCUGCCAUGAGCAGGCAUCCUAUUGGUGAAAAAUUAGAAGAUGUUCAAUCCAAGGUCCGGCGAUUCAAUGAUUUAUGUAGGCGAGCCAUAAUAUUAGGUGAAGAAGGUUCUUUGUCACAAGAAAGUUACUAUAUUGCUUUAGGUGCUAUCAGUGAAGCACUAAAGCAAUGUGCAAAUUUGAACAACCCUGUUGAUAAUGGUAUGAGACCUGAUGCCUCAGGUACCCAUCUUGUUUGUCGUGUUGAAGAAGAGUAUCAAUCUGUUGUUGCAUCUAACAAUAAGGUCUCUGAUCCAAAAAUGAAUACGGGAAAGAAGACCAUGAGGACUGGUGUGACUGCUAGGGGUCUAGGAAGUGUUGAAAAUAGUGAAGGAAAUAAGGGAAAGGUAUCACAGCUAGAAGCAGUGAGCGGGAAAGAUGGUUUUCAACCAAUGGAGCAUACUGAUCUGAGGUCGCAUGGUGUCUUGCCAAUGCAGUUUCACAGUAUGGUACCGGUUCUUUUCCAUAAUGUUUCAUCCCCGUUUCACACUGCACCCGCAACUCACUUGCAUGACAAUCGUCUUCCUCGUUAGCUUAAUAAAAAUUUAAUUUUAGAAAGACAUGAAGACAAUGUAUAGAACUGUGUGUACAUAAGAAAUGCCACAUCUGGAAGGCAUCCCACCUUUCGCUUAAUGGUAAUAUGUGUUGAGAGAGGGGCAAUUGAAUUUGAUAGUUGUGCUUACCUGACUACUGUUAUAUUCCGAAGGUAGGCUUACCACGAUGGUCGUUGUAGUUACCCUUUAUUGGGUUGUCUAUAUCUUAUGGGCAUCUAUUUUAAGCGUCGAUAGGGUUACGUACCCAUGUAGACAUAUGGAAUGAAAUUACAACUUGAGGCAGUGUAGUUGUUCUAGUUCAAUGUUACCAUGUAAAUCACUCUUAAAAAUCAAAGUGAAAAAUGCAUUUGCUCC